UGUUGGUUUCUUUGGAAUAUCUUGUCAUCUUUUUGUCAUGUAGAUAUAAACUUUACAAAAAAUAUGCCGUUCCGAUUUAACCACAAAGAUCUAUCUGUUCUUGCUUCUCAGCCAUCUGAACAAUUCAACAAAGAAGGAAUACUAUGGUUUAAAGAGAAAGAAGGGAAGUUGUUUAAUAAGAGUGAAAAUUUUUCAGAAAGAAUAUGUCGUCUAAGAGGAAAUUUGUUAUUUUACUUCAAGGGAAAAGACAAGACUUCUGAAUGUUCUGGUGUCAUCGUGUUGGAAAGGUUUAACAUUGUUCCAGAUACUUCAUUUAAGAAACAUGGUUUUAUACUGGAAUUUGAUGAAACAGAUGAACAAAAAUAUGAAUUUGCUGCAUCUUCACAACAAGAGUAUGAUGAAUGGCUCGCACUGCUUAAAAAUGCAAGUUAUGAGAAACUUCAAAAUCGCAUUCUUGAAUUAAGGAGUGAGUUGCUUGCAUUGACAGGACAGGAUCCUUUGCCUUUUCAUUAUGCAAAUGUAUCACAGGAUACACCAAACGACAAAAAAGGAAAUCAAAACCGAAUUAGUUUGUUCUGUCCUUCGUUGGAAGAAUAUGAUGGAGAUAAAAUAACGAUGGAGAUGUGUAUUGCUUGUACAAAUUUAGUUCCUGAAUAUGAAAGCCUUCCAUCAGCGAUGGUAAAAGUUUCAACUGUUGUUCCUCCCGAAACAAACUGGACAAGACAUUCUCAUACAGAGAUAUGUGAGGAAAGUCGAGAUCCCAAUUUUCUUCGUACUUUUGUUUUCACUUCCAGUUUUCCUCCAGUAACAAGACUCAAAUUCGUGGUGUAUGAUGUUCUAAGCAAAUCAAAAAAUGAUACUGUCAUUAUUGGUCAAAGUGUUUGUACCAUUCAACAAGUACAAGAAGCGCCGAACUGCCAGAUUUCUUUGAGUAUUAUGAAUAUGGACAAGGCAGUUGGUACUUUAAUUAUACAAAGUUGGAGGCGAGAGUCGAGUGGUCAUGAGAAUAUGAAAGCUGGCUUUUCAGGUCCAGAAGGAAAAGAUGGUGCAAUAUCGCAACCGCUUAGACCUUAUGUGACGAAUGUGACGCAGAGAAGUUUCCAUUUUCCUACAAGGGAUGGCAAUGAUCUGAAGUUUCAAGAAUUCCUAGCAGAAUCAACACUUUGCUUCAAAAUACCCAAAUUAUUGUUAAGUUUAUAUAUAACGGAAGAGAAAGAAGGUGUUGUGGAACUGCAUAACAUUGGACAGCUUCACCCUGAGUGGGAAAGAAUAAAACAAGUUGUUCAGAACAGUCAUUUUGACUUAGUGCACCAAUAUUCAACAAAUCUAGCUGACCUUACAGGCCAAUAUGAAGAACAAAAUUUUAAGCGCAGUGUGGAUAAAGCAAAGAAAGAACUGGAGUUUAUUCCAACAAAUUUGCAUAUUCAGAGGUUGUGUGUUAUUGAGACUGACCAUAAAGAAUAUAUUUACGAUGUCGUGACUGUUGGAGCUCCGACUGCUCAUUCUUUAAAAUUUCGUCAUGGUGGAUUGAAAAGAUUGAUUGCGUCAUCUGAAGAUACUACAAGAAAAGCUCUACAAAGUUACGGCGACGAAGAAAAAAGAAAAACUGGUUUCAUAAAAGCCUGCCAUGUGAAAGACGUUGCAAAACGAUUAAAAGCAGAAAUGGCUGAAAUUUUUGCGGAUCUUAAAAAGUCGAUUGAAACAAACCGAUGCGAAAAUUUAAAUGACUCAUCGACGCAGCUAUCGAACAAGGUUGGAGAGCUUCUUGGUUUAUGCGCCACAUCUUUUGUUCAGGAGUCAGAAGAAGAUAUGUUAAAAGCUCGUACAAAUGGACCGGAGCUUCGAAUAAAAUCAACUAUCAUAUAUUCAGACAUUGAUAACGAAAAAUACAAAAAUCUAAAUUGGGAGUGGACCGGUACCGAGUUUAAGGCAACAGAUUCCAAACACGUGGAAAAACAUGCUGGGGUGUAUGAAGCGAAUGCUGAAUUUUUAUCAGCUGUUAAUUAUGUAUGUAAAACUGAGACGUUCACAAAGAAAGUGGAACUAUUAAAGCUGUCGACGAAUUUAGAAAAUUGCGUCAACUCGCUGAUACGUAAAUUAAAUGUAAUGAUGCAGUUUGUGUUGAUGCAAGAAGAAGCAGACUGUCCAGGUUUGAAAGAAUUGAGAAAUCGGCGAGAUAUCGUGUUAUCACAGGCGAUCACCCCUGUCAUUUCUGGCUUCGCCUUGAUGUUGUCGAAACGCAUAUAUGAUCACCAGUUUUUAGAACAGAUAACUAAUAUUGGACUUCUUAUACAUUUUGAAAGUCUACUAGCAACCUAUGGUGACGAGAUGGGCAUGAUUGAAGAUAUGUACACAGGCCUCCAAGAUUUGAGACAAGUGAACUUCAAGAUUGUUGGCACUGAUUCAGAUACGACACCUACCCUAAGUGGGAACAGAACGAGUAUCAUUGUAGAGUUUCCAGUUAAAACAAAAUUAUUUAAGCAGCUUCCACUGAAGCUUCAACAACGACAAAUCAUACACCUGCAUCCAGUCCUCUUCUCGCUUGGAAUAAACGAACAGGCGACGCUGGCUGAAAGAUUUGGUGACACAAGCCUGCAAGAGACGAUAAAUGCUGAAAAUCUUUCUUAUUUGCAAAUAUACUUCGAUGCGUUUAUGAACUUCUCACCUCAUAAUACUGGUUCACGGUCGAAAGAUGCAACGUCAUUGCCUGACUUAAUGGACCAAUUAAAAACGACAGUCAGCGCCAAAAAAAGCAAAAAUUACGACAUCUUGUUGCUAAGCGAAGAAUUAUGUGCAAGAAUGAAUGGCUUACGAGUGACGUCAUGCAAAAGUGCAAAAGAUCGAUCGUCAAUGUCUGUUACUUUGGAAACUGUGAGAACUCUUGAAAGGGAACAUUGUAUGAGGGAGGAUGUAUCUCAAAGAGUGUUAAGCAGUAUACGAAGCCAAGGAACCCGUUUAAUAAACUCAUACAAAAAUGUUGGGUUACCAAAAUAUGCGUUUAAUAAAGUGCAAGUGAAAGCCUUACCGUCCGUGUAUCGACCGCCAGAGGGUACCAUCGGGAAGUAUUUGCAGACGUAGCCUGCAAUUCUAAGUUGUAAAUACCUCUAUUUUGCUUUGUUCCUGUUUGUUUUCUGUUCAUGUUUUUUCUGUUACUUCAUGUCUUACAGAGCGUCCCCAAAGCAAGUAAUAGAAUAAACAG